GUCAAAUUAGCGGCAUUUAAGUUUUGUUUGAACGGAAAUUAAUACUAAGGCAUGCAAGUCUUCGCUCUUCAAGGGUAAAGAAAGAAAAGAGUAGAGUUUGUGAAAGUUCAUAAUAAUUUGGAAAAAUUAAAUCGAGAGCAUAAAAUAAUAUAGAAAAAUACGGUACGGCGGUUUUUUGUGAUAUUUUACAUUCACAGAAGAAAAAUAGAUUUUUUUCGAUAGUAAAAUGAACGCUGGACGACAAGGUUCUUACAAAAGUAACACCAUCAACACGGACGAAUCUCGGUUGAGACGACAUGAAAUUACCGUGGAAUUGCGGAAGUCUAAAAAGGAAGAUCACUUGUUUAAACGGCGCAAUAUAAAGGAAGAUGAUUUAGUUUCACCGCUUAAGGAGCCUAAUAGUCAAUCGGCUACAUCAAUGUCUCUAGACGAAAUUAUUGUGGCUAUGCGCAGUGAGGAUCCUGGGAAGCAAUUUGUUGGUAUGCAAGGAGCUCGCAAGCUGUUGUCACGCGAGCGGAAUCCCCCAAUUGAUUUAAUGAUUGGACAGGGGAUUGUUCCAAUUUGUAUUCAGUUUUUGCAAAAAAUGGACAAUCCUCUUUUACAAUUCGAAGCCGCUUGGGCAUUAACUAAUAUAGCAUCCGGUAACAGCGACCAGACACGUUGUGUUAUAGAAAACAAUGCUGUUCCCCACUUUGUGACAUUGUUGCAAUCUGAUAAUAUAAAUUUGGCCGAACAAUGCGUUUGGGCCUUGGGUAACAUAGCUGGUGAUGGCUCCGCUCCCCGCGACAUUGUCUUACAAAACAAUGUUGUUGCUGGUGUUUUGAAAUUGAUUGAUAAGGACACGUCUUUGUCUCUGCUACGUAACAUCGUAUGGUUGAUGUCUAAUUUGUGCCGCAAUAAGAAUCCUACGCCUCCUUUUGAGGAAAUUAAACGAUUACUGCCCGUAUUAUCACAACUACUGUGCGGUACUGAUGUACAAGUUUUAGCAGAUGCUUGCUGGGCUUUGUCUUAUGUGACCGAUGAUAAUAAUACCAAAAUACAAGCAGUAGUAGAUGUAGAGGCUGUGCCCCGUUUGGUGAACUUGUUGGGUGCCGAAGAUCCUAGCAUUAUUAUUCCUGCUUUACGCAGUGUUGGUAAUAUUGUUACUGGCACCGAUCCGCAAACUGAUGCUGUAAUAUCAGCAGGAGGAUUAGCAAAAUUAAUGAAUUUGCUUAAGCAUCCAAAGCAUAAUAUCGUUAAAGAAGCUGCAUGGACCGUGUCCAACAUUACUGCUGGAAAUCAAGCACAAAUACAAGCUGUUAUUGAGUCAGGUAUAUUUGUGGAACUACGCAAUGUCCUAGAACAUGGCGACUUCAAGUCCCAGAAGGAAGCGGCUUACGCUGUAACUAAUACAACCACAAGUGGUACACCUGAACAAGUUAUAGAUUUAAUUGAAAAAUAUCAGAUAUUCAAACCGUUCUGUGAUUUACUCGAAGCUAAAGACCCUCGCACUGUUGUUGUUGUCCUGUCCGGCUUAACAAAUCUCUUCGCUUUGGCCAGCAAAUUAGGUGGAACCGAAAACUUGUGCCUGAUGCUUGAAGAAAUGGGCGGUUUGGAUAAAUUGGAGAAUCUUCAACAGCAUGAAAAUGAAGAUAUUUACAAAAAGGCUUUUGCCAUUAUUGAUACAUACUUCAGUGACGGUGACGAAGCCGAAGCCAAACUGGCACCGCAAGAAGUCAAUGGAUCUUUGGAGUUUAACGCUAAUCAGUCGAAAGCUCCAGAGGGUGGCUUCACUUUCUAAGCAAAGUAUGUUUUUUUUUUUUUUUAUUUAGCAAUUAUGUGGCAAAAGUAUGACACAACUAAUUUGGUUGUCCAAGGCCGCAGAAAUUUUUCGAUCAAGCACUGUCAGCCGAAUAAUUUUGUCUUGAAAUCUUAAUUUUGCAGGAAAUUUUCAUAAUUCUCACUCCCAUUUAUUAUUUAAUCUUUUCGUGUAUUUUUUUUUUUUUAAUAUAAAUUCAUGCUUGGUUUUUAAAUGCCCAUAUAAUAUAUUAAAGGAGCACUUUUUAAUCGGUGUCCAUCUAAUGCAUUUUAUAUAGAAUUUAAAACAUAAUGAAAAUAAAAAUUAAUUAAAAUA